UCGCACCGUAUCGUGCCCGAGCGAACCGGCUUGCGAAAGCAUCAGCAACAACACCGGUCCCUCGUUUGUCCGCAAAGCUACCAGCGGCUAGAAGUAAGUGCCCGGCCAUCGCAACCAAGUCUGCAUCGCGGUGAACCAUCGUCCUCGAUCCCUGUGAGCGAUGCAGCUGAUCUCCAAUAGUGAAAUUUGGCAUCCGGGAAGAGCAUACUAAAUACUAGUUCGGGCACAAAACGCCGUCCACUUACUUGCCCUCACACAGAAACACACUGCGGGAAUUAUCUGCGCUGUUCCUUCUCGCUUAGUGCCGUUCGAUGAAGUGUUGUUAUUUUGGUGAAACUAUAGCAUUUAGAGAGGUCCAUACGCACGAAGCCUUGGUGCAACCCUACCAGAAUGAGUCACUCGAGGAAUUACAACUACUACGAGCCUUCUAGAUCCCGGAGCAGGGAGCGCAGCUACCGGCGAGAAUACCGGGACGAUUCGGAACGAUACAAUCUAAGCACGUCGGAAUCGAGCCGCACACACGCAGAUUACAGUGCCUCCAGCUAUCGAAGAAGUUCCCACCAUCGAAGCUCACACUCCACCAGUGCACACUACCAUGAUCCACCGGCAUCCUCAUCGUCCUCCAUGGGGACGGGAGCGCACGACUGCUCGUCCCAUGGCUCGUCCGGCAAGCUCGUGCUGGCCGUUUUUAAUCUGAGUGUGUACACAACGGAAGCGGAACUGUACGACACAUUUUCCAAGUUUGGUCCGCUUCGAAAGACGACCGUUGUGCUGGAUGCAAAGACUGGCCGUUCGCGAGGAUUUGGGUUCGUGUACUUCGAAAGCGCGGAAGACGCCAAAGUGGCCCACGAUCAAGCGAACGGCAUCGAGAUAGGGGACCGCCGGAUACGUGUCGAUUUUUCCGCCACAAACAAACCGCACGAUCCGACACCGGGCGUUUACUAUGGGAAAGUGUCCCAUCCGAAGGGUGGCGGAUACGGUGGCCAUUCGUCGCACGGUAUGUCUAGCUCCCACGGUUAUCAUCACUGUAGGGCGUGCGAGGUGGAAGCGCGGGAACGCGAACGAUGGGAACGGGACGCGAGAUCGAGGGAUCACCACUACUACUACGAUAGCUAUUCCGGGCAUGAGCGUAGCCGUAGCAACCGUUCCACGAUGGGCCGGUCUGGUAGGAGCGAUUAUUAUCGUGGCGGAACCAGCAUUCGCUGACAGUGGCAGCCCUCCAACCUUGCACCGAUUGCUGUUGGUUGAUUCAUAGGGAACAGUGGGAACAGAGCGAAGGAAAGAGCAAGAGAGAGAGAGCGAGAGCACUAUUUAGUGAAAGAUUGCAGCAGUCUGCAAAAAAUGCUGCUGUUCCUCGGUUUGUUUUGCAUUUUGUUACGUUUGCGAAAGCACAAUAGAGCGGGAAGAGUACGCGUAAGGUAAGGAUGUUAAGAUAGCCAAAAAACCGGAUUUUGCGAUAUGAUAUUAUGGGAUGCUGCUGCGUUGUUAGAGGUACCCUCCCUUCUUACUGGCGGGCUGCAUAUGGAAAUGGGACGGCUAAGGAUGGCACCAGACACACGGUGCAGUUCCGGUAUGUGCGCCUUUUUGUGAUUAGCCCACUACAACUCCCUACUGCCUGUCCCGCGAUUGCCAUCCGGCCCGUCUUUUUAUCUCGAAGAACAGGUUUCAAUCCCCCGUAUAGGCAGCAAGAGAAGAAAAUAUCCUUAUAGCGAAACGUGCGUAUGUUAGUAGUAGUGCGUUUGUGUGUGGAUGUUGUGUGAGCGAGCGCGUUAGGAAGAGUCGAAUGGGGUCGGUUGGUUGGUUCGUUUUUUUUUAUUAGCGUGUCCGGUUCCGCACGGAUUCCGAUCUCAAUGACCGGCCGAUAGGGAGAGGAGGAAACUGGAUUUCUCUCGCCCCCCGAAGAUGUGUGUGCGAAUUGCGAAGUAUUGUUGGCCGUGUUCUUCAUCCAAUUUUUUUUUCUUCGGUGCUUCCCGUUUAUGUCCCGCCCUUCCCGCUAAUUAUCUCGCCUGUGUGUAAGCGCCAGGAAGACUAAGAAAGGUAGAUUUUAAUAAGUUAUCACACGCUCACACACCCGCAUCUCUUCCUUAUACGGUCCAGUGAGGUUGUUUUUAAAUUUGUUAAUUUGUUUCGUUAUCUUUGUUUGUAUUGGCGGCCGUAUUAUGAUUGCGAAACGGAAGGAUAAUGUAAGCAAAAACGCACACACACACACAAUCAAAGAUGACAAACAAAAAUACACCUAUAGAUGAGAAUAAAUUAAUUUCAAUAAAAAAAGACUUUAAUAAGAAA